AUGUCAACUCAUCAUCCCUCCUUCGGUUCAUCUGGUGGAAUAGGAAGCGUUUUCAAGUCACUAACUAAGUCAUUCAAACCAGCCUCAUUAUCCUCAUCCUCCACAUCCAGAAAUGUUCCCGUCACAAUCAACCCAACCGUUGUUGGAGGUGAUCAAAACUUGCAAAAAAUAUUGAACCAACUACUAUCGGACUCCAGCUCGCCUCCAGUCCAGCUAGACGCACUAGAGCAGCUCACUGAAAGUAUUGAGCGGUUUUCGCUAUCAUCAAUACAGGAAAUAUGGUACAUGGUACGACAUUUUUGCGACCCAAAGCAACCACGCAAUGUACGACGACAGGCUUUCAAAUUGUGCAUUGUUUGUAUUGAAAGAGACGAUAAUUCCAUUGGGGCCAGGGCCCGUUACUUUAGUGAUAUUUACAAGUGCACUCAGUUUACCUUGGGCCAUUUUGAUCCUAAGUUUAAAUUGAUUUUGAGAGCUUUAUGUAUCUUGUCCAAAGAUGGGCAUGAUGUUCAUGAUUUUGUCAUAUAUGAGGACCGCAGGAACUUGAGUAGAUGGUUUACAAAGGGAAUCGAUACUCUUGUUUCAGUCUCAAGUGAAAAACAGAACCAAAUGAAUGAGGUACAAGUUGGCAAUUGCGUAGACUUGUUGCACUUUAUCACCAACUGUUUGAAGUUUAAUUAUGCAACCCUUAUUGAUUUCGCCUUGUCAAGUGUGCCAAAGUUGGGCUUGGUAAAGACAACGAAUGAGGAGCUUCUUGGUGCCAUUGUUAAUUUCAUCAGUUGUUUGACUUCAUUUCGGAAAUUGGCAAGCGACAACAUAUCUCAAAUUGUGGGGUACUUGGCAUUUGCGCAUGAGCAAUCGACAAAUUCAAACUUGAAGAAACAAGCCCUUGAAUCACUUGAAAAUAUCUGUGAUGAGAGUACAUCGUUGUUUGUGUGCACUGUCCUUUGCAAUCAAAUUUCGGACCCGUCACUUAAACAACUUUCUCAAGUGAACCAUCUUGAUUCAGCUAUAACCGCAUGCCUUGGAUCCUUGGUCUUGAUAGAGCUACUAAGGAUUAAGCUCCGAUUUGAAAAGAAUAAGCUUGAAUUCCCACUGUUCCUUUACUUACGUUCACUCUUGGAUGCAUUGCAUUUGAAGAUACCGUCGAUCAAUGAAAGAGUAUUGCGGAUAAUGGCAAAUGCAUUCACGGGACUGCUUUACAAUGAGUAUGUUGACACGGACUCAGCUGGUGUAUUUGACAAGAUUUUCCCAUUUCAGAUUUGGUACUGUGAAGAAUGCUCUUUGUUCGAUGUGCUUGAAGCUAUACAGAUUGAUGGCGAUGAUGAUAGACAGUUGAUGCAGGGCAUAUGCAAUUCGGUAAAAAACUUGUACCAAGCCCAUGCUUUGAUGAUUGCCAAGGACAAAAUGAUGAAUUUCUUUGUGGAAGAAAGUGCAUAUAUUUCACAAGAGGUUGCAUUGUUUGUAUUACAAUGCUUCCAGGAUGAAAAGAGUUGUACAUUGUUGAACCCAUUAUGGCAUGACGUCUCGUUGCGAUUAUUGAAUCAUUUCUACUAUGCAGAUCAAACUGUUGAAGUGAAGAUAAAGUGUAUUGGCGUUAUUUAUGAAGCCUUCAAGACGUCAAUGCUAAUAUUUGAUGCCAAAAGUUACAACUACGACAUCUUUAUCAAUAUCAUGCAACAUUCAAUUGGUGAAACUGAUGAAAGCUUGCUCGACUAUUUAUGUCGGGAUGUUUUGACUACUCUACUCGCUGAAUCAUCAUCCGAUAUUUUUUUUGAGUUCAUGUCUGUGUUGAAAGCAUUGUUUGAAAAGAAGCAAACUCCACGUAAUGAAAUAAUCAUGCCAAGGGGAUACAUAAGCCCCAAGCCAGCUCAACCCAGAGACAAAGCAUCGCUCGCAUUCUUGGUCAACGCGUGUAAAGCCAUUUGCACCACCUUUACCAUUUCCCUGGCGUCGAGAAAGGAAGACUGUUACAACGUGUUGGUUUCUAUUGCCAAUGCAACUCAACAUGGAGAAGUUUUGUUAACAAUUGCCAAAUGUCUCAUAAGGCUUAGAGUUACCGCCGAAAACUAUGUGUACCUCACACACCCACACGAUAUGGUGGGAUUGGCAUCCGCAUUUAAAAGAGACAACGUUGCUCCAACUGCAGGUCAGUUGUGGACGUACCCUGAAUCAGUUGACUAUAUUCCCCAUCACCACCUCGAUAAACCAAGGGAGAACUUGCAAAUUUCAACUGGUAAGAUUGUAGCUGAUCAAAAUCUGGAGAUUUACUUUAUUGAUAUUAGGAAGUGGUUUCAUGUGGUUUUGCACAUUGUGAAGAAUUUUGUUGAAUGGGAGGUUUACUCAUACGUUUGGGCGCAUUUUUGCUCACAAUUAUCCAACAUGCACUUAUUUAUGAAUUGUGAAGAUGAGAUACUUGAAUUUAAAUCCAUCGUGUGUGACCAACUAACUUUGAAAUUGCCUCCAGAGUUGGUAUUUCCAAAGAAUGGCGAUCUCUCCAAAGCCGACUUGCAAGUUGCUUUAGUUAGAACGUUUUCUGCGCUUAUUGGCUACCAUGACUUGUUCCUGAAGGCAGAUGAAGAUCAAAUAACGUCGAGUUUGAUAUUUGGAUUGGGGUCUUGGGAAAAAACGGCAAUUCCUUGUAUAAACAUUCUCACUAUAUGCUGCUAUGAGAUUCCAUUGUCGAUCAAGAAAUAUCUCACUUUGAUCUUGACGAAAUUGCAAACGCGAGUCACCAGUGCAAAUGCAAGUACGCAUACUUUGGAGUUUCUAAGUUCUUUGGUACAUUUACCGGUUUUGGUUUCCGAUUUCACGAUGGAAGAAUUUAAGCGUGUUUUUGGGAUUGCAUUCAAGUAUAUCCAGUAUGCAAAAGACACUGAAUUGAGAAACCCGGACCAGCUAGUUGUGCCCCGUGUGCAACAGCAUGGUGUUGACGCCGAAGUGGAGGUGGCGCCAUCGACAACGACCAAAGGUGUUUCUUCAUUUAUGCUGCAGUACAUCCUCAUCCUUUCAUACAAUGUGAUUUCGAGUUGGUUUUUGAAGAUUGAAAUGAGUGAACGCAAGAAAAUUUCCUCGUUUUUGAUAAAGCAGCUAAUUGCAUCGGACGAAUUGAGUACACUGCAGAAACUUGGUGACCAUACAAUUGGGUUCCUUGAUUUCCUCAGGAAAUUUACAUUUAGUGAUUUACCGUUGAAAAUAGUCAACUCUACACACAGCAAGAAAACUAGUGCUGGUGCAGUCGAUGAUGAAGAUGAACGUACUGUUUUGCAUCGGUGGAUGGUGGGGUGUUCGGUGGUUAGCAUUGGAACUGAAGUACAUCUGGGCGACACCGAGAUACUAAUUAGGAAACCUACUGGCGUGAGCAAAUUGACUGUACAAUUGGACCAUAGAACUGAAGUGCGCAAAGCCUCACCGGCCGUUAUCGAUCCCAAUUAUUACUUGUUGCAGUUGUUUGAUUCGAAGGUGAAGCCGAUCCCCAUGGUCGAAGAUAGUGUCAUCUCACGAGGAUUAUCGGUAUUGGACCGAAUCCCAAGUGUCGAGUUUCACAAGAUUGGUAUUGUUUACAUUGGCCAAGGGCAAUCUAGUGAAAAUGAAGUAUUUUUAAACAAGUUGGGCUCGUUGGACUAUCUCAAGUUUUUGGACAAGAUUGGACAUCUUGUGAGGUUGAAGCAUAAUAGGUCCAUAUAUACGGGUGGACUCGAUAUUGAAUCUGAUUUGGAUGGGGAAUACGCUCGAUACUGGAGUAAUAAAUUAACCCAAGUGAUCUUUCACGUGACUACAAUGAUGCACCGUCAAGAUUCGACAAGUAUAGGUAUUGAUGAUGGGAUAUUGUCAAGUACCACUAUUGAGAAACAAAAGGUUAUAGAUUUGAAGAAACGACACAUUGGUAAUAAUUAUGUCAAUAUCUUUUUCGACGAAUCGGGGAAUCAAGACUUUAAUUUCAAUUUGAUCAAGAGUCAGUUCAAUUUUUUGAAUAUUGUGGUUUCGCCGCAAACAGUCCAGACCAAGAAUACCACGUCAUACUUGUAUUCCUUGCAUCAACACCAACAACAACAACAACACCAACACCAACAGCAGUCGCUUCUGGUACAUAAAGAGCGAAAAUUUUUCAAAGUCAAGACGUAUAGACGAGUUGGGGUUCCCGCGAUUUUUGCAACUUGCCAUUUCAAACUUGUGAGCGAGGAUCAAUUGCCGUACCUUGUGAGAAGUGUUGCCAUUUUAGCCAGUGAGUUUGCCAAUGUAUGGCAUGCUAGCGACUUAUCAGGGAAGUACGUCACCAAUUGGACACAAAGAGUCAAACAGUUGCGAUUGCUUUACGAUAAAUCAGUGGACUCUGUCAACAAGGAAAAAGAGCAAGAUGCGUCAUCUGAAUCGUUUGAAGAAUCGGCAUUGGCAGAGUUAUACAACUCAUUCGAAUUUAAUUCUUAUACAUUAUAG